UUAACAGCCGGGUGAGGGUUGAGGACCGGAACCGGAAGCUCCAGCUACGCUCUUGGGCCCGAGCCCCUCGGUUUUCUGGGCUCAGCUCACCCCUUGCAUCGCCGGCGGGGGGGCGGGGGAGGUGUCUCGAGUCCUUCAGUCCUGGGGGCGGCGCGGCCUGAGUUCUGGAUCCUCCGCCAUGGAGCCUGCCGCGCCAGCGCUGACCGAGGAGGACAUGGCCGAAGUAAAGAAGGAUGCUUUAGAAAAUCUGAGGGUGUAUUUAUGUGAAAAAAUCAUAGCUGAGAGACAUUUUGAUCACUUACGUGCAAAGAAAAUACUCACUAGAGAAGACACGGAAGAAAUUUCUUGCAGAACAUCGAGUAAAAAAAGAGCUGGUAAGCUGUUGGACUACUUACAGGAAAACCCUAAGGGACUUGACACUCUAGUCGAAUCUAUUCGACGAGAGAAAACACAGAGCUUCCUGAUAGAGAAGAUCACAGAUGAAGUGCAAAAGCUAAAGAUUGUCAAACUUGAGUACCUGAAAGGAUUGCACCAUAGCUAUAUGCCUCUUCCACCUGGAGCAACAAAUAGUCUGUCUAGAUUAGAUUCUAAUGAGUGCAAUUUCUCUGAUAAAUUGAAAGAUGGAGAUGCCACUGUUGUUUACCAUCCAACAGGAGAGUCCAGCACAGCCUCCUUUUAUUCCAACAAUACUUCCUUGAAUUUACCUGUUGUAGAGGUAGGCAGAACCGAAAAUAGUGUCUUCUCCUCAACUCCCCUUCCUGGACCUGGAGACCCUGGGGCACCUCCUCUUCCACUGGAGCCACAGUCAGAGGAAGAAGGAAACUCUACUGAUAUGUUUCUUCCCUUAAGAUCACGUUCUUUUUGCCAAUGAUGACAGCUUACCACUUCUUUAAAAAGUUAUUUCAGAAAUAUUUAAAACGGCUUAUAAAACUUUAAGAAAACAGUUACUGUAAAUGCUUACUAACAACCUACUGUAGCAUUUUUAAUAUAGUUUUAUCACGCUAUGUAAAUGGAAUAUUAAUGCAUUUUUAGGGAAUUAACUAUAAAGCACAUUUUGAUUAUGUAUACUAUUGUUUACUUUUCUUCCUUUUUCAUUGUAAGAGUUUUAGUUUGCUGUUUUUUGGGUUUGUUUUUUAAUAUUAUUUCAAUUGAAUUUUUGCAGCUGGGGACAAUUUCCCACAGGCAGAGGGUUAUGAAGUGGUGGGAUUACUGGGGCUGCUGCAGCCUCACAGGAGGAUGAGGUUGAGGGCAUGAUGGAGAAGUCACUAACAGUAUUUGUUAACAGCGUAAUAGUCUCAAGAAUAGUAGAGGGUUUUUUAAAGUCAAAUUUCCUUUAAGAACCCAAAUACCUGUUUCCAUUUUUAGAGCAGUAUACCAAACCUAAUUUAUUUUCAAGUGUUUGUGAUAUGUAUACUUCUAGAAAAUAAUUGUGAAUUGUCGCCCACAAACUUGACCUACUACAUACAGUGUUUUUAUAAGAACAGUUCUGAAGAUUGAAUUAUUUUUGUCCACAUGUUACUCAUGAUUACCAGAGACAUUUUAUUACAAGAGAAAAAUUGUGGUUAUCUUUUAAAUAGUUAAUUUACAGAAUAGUUGUUUUUUUAAGUUCCUUAAAUAAUCAAUAAUAUUUUCUCCUUAAAUGGGCUUCAAAAUGUUUUCUCUCCACCUUUACAUACCAUUCCUUAGGGUCUGUUUUGUUUUCCUACCAAAAUAAACAAAGCCUGCCUAUCAGCUGUAAACCAUUCUUAGAUCAAAUUUUGAUUAAUGAUACCAGUGUAGCCCUGAUAUCCUCUUCCUCCUCCUCUCCCUCCCCCCCCAAAAAAGUCAAUACUGUUCUUUGGGGAAAAAUAAUAUAUAAGUUCUUUCAGGUCAAAAAUUAUCUUUAAAGGUGUUUGUUUUACAGACAACUGAGAAUCCAAAGUCACAAUGUAUUUGAGUACUCUGAAAUGUUCCAUUUAUAAGUUCGGUUCUUAGACGUUUGCAGUUUAUUUUGGAUUGUUAACUCACUAUAAAUUAGUAAUAUAGUAAGAUUUCUGCUAUCAUAAUUCAAGUUUUUAAGAGAGCUUUAAAAUACUGAAAUGAUUUCUAGGGCCUAAAGAAUACUUAAACUUAAAUUCUUAAGAACUGACCAUUAUCUAAACGUUAGGAUCAGUUGAGAUAAUAGUCUACCCAGGGGUAGAGUAGAACUGCUCUCCUGUACUGCAUCCUAUCUAGUUAAACAGCAUGUCAGGGUCUUAGGAUCUCUUUGACUUGAAAGCAGUAAUAAAUUUUCCCCACCAAUACAUUUCCCCUCCAAUUACAUACCUCUUUCUAAUCUGUUCACAUUAUCUUUACUGUGAUGAUGGAUGAAAGAAGUUUUUAUAACCUGACUCUUGAGGAACCAUGGACAACAUACAUUAAUCUCUCGUGUGAGCAGAACUGUAGUUCUGGUAAUUACAGAGAAGCUACAGUAGGCACCCAUUCUCUGUAGGAGUUUGCACUGUCGAUAGAGAAAUUUAGUAUUUGCCAAGAACAUAGAUUACAUCCAAAGAAUUUUUUGUGUUGGAUAUUACUAAGUUUAAUAUUUCCCUUUCGCCUCUUCAGUUUACUCUUGACCAAACCUGCUGCUAUUAAAAUUUAUAACUAGAAAUUGUUGACUGGAAACUUCUAAAAAUUUGUACUUGGGACCAAGGGGGCACAAAGCCACAGAAGGGAUACUGUGGUUAUGAUUUCUAGUGAAAUCUGCAUACUGAAUACCUAAGCUCUCAUCUACUCUCUUGACUGGGGCAGAUUUGGGAACAGACGUUGUUCAUCAUUCAUCAUUAGCGAAAGUAUUCAUUUGGGCAUAAACUAAAUAUGAGAGAAUGAACAAAAUUUUUUUGGUUCCUCAAUACUGAGCCCCAGUAUUUUCUUAAUGUGUAAGAAUUAGGAAGAAAACUGACUGAUCUGUUUUAUCUCCCCAGCAGAGGGAGCAAUACAAGUUAUAGAAAAACAUUAUGCUUGUAAAUGAAAUCUUUCAACUUAUUUUUUUAAUGUAUUCUGAAAAAUAUUUUUAUCUAUACCAGAUCAUGUAAAUACUAAAUUGUAAGUGGUGUUAACUACAUAAAAACAUUUUUCGUUAAGUUUAUAAAGUAGAAAUCGAUUAUAUUUUUCUAGUACCCUCGUAUAUUUGUCACAGUUGAGCUUUAUUACUGAAGGAAAAAGACUUCUACUUAGUUAUUUUUAAUUUUUCUGAGUUACCUGGAAAUUAAGGAAUUAUGUCCUACAUUUUCAAAAUAUUCACAGUAACAUAUUUGCACUAAAUUGUGGUUGUCAAAUAUAAAUAGAUUCAAAAAACUUAGUCAUGUAGAUUGAAAUUCGGGGAAAGGUCUCAAAUCUCUUAAGAUAUUUAGUAUACUAAAUGUUUAAUUUUCAGUGUUUUAAGUUAAAGCUCAAUUAAGAAGAGUGCUCCUGAUUGCAGAGAUGUCUAAAGAUGAUUCAAAAAUACCUCGAUGUCAUUAUUAUGAAACUAAAUGGUCACCGAAACAGUACUGUGGAUGUUAAGUGGUUAGAAGUUUUAAGGCAAAUUCAUACAGGCCACAGGAUAGUCCCUGAAAGUUUCUAAGUUUCUUUUUCUUGUGAUUUGCCCAUCUCUUCUGAAAUGUGCCUUGGCUGGGCCUUGGGCAGAGCCAAUUAUUGGCUUCAAUUUGGUUGACUUCCAAAAUUAGGGAAUCUUAUUUUUUUGAAAGGAGUUAAUUUUUAGUAAAAUUUUAACAGAUUACCUUUUAGUUUUAAAUAAAAUAAUUUGAGUUCCUGAAAAGGUAAAGUAGAUAUUUCUAUUUCCAGUGUGAAGUGCCUCACAUUUCCAAAUUAGUCAAAUAAAAUUAUCCAAAGUUGAACAAGUGCCUUUUUGACCUUCCUUGGGUUUUCUUCAACAUUUUUAAUCAGGUAAAAAUGUGACUGGAAGUCAGAAAUAUGAAAUGAAUAGCAUAAAAGGCAUUGAAUGUAAGAGAAUCGAAAGUACAUGUAAUAUUAGUGUAAUCCAGUGGGGAUGUAUUUCUAAAUUCAAAAGUAUAUUUAAUAAAUAUGAAAAUUACUUUGCUGUGCUAACCAAGUCUGAAUGUCAGUUUCCUCAAGUAUUUCAUGACUAAAGUCUGAAGAAAAAAUUA